AUGGCUGCACCCAACAUGACGAUUGCGUAACUUAAGAAGAAAAUUGAGAAUGAAAUGGCUUCUGUCUAUCCACAGGAUGAUCCUUAUCAUGUGGGAACUAUAAAAGAUUCAACAAACUAUAAUAUAACUAAUGGAACUCUUGUAGGAGAGGUUUUCAAGCAUGGUGAUACGAUUGAUGUCUAUCCAGAUAUUUAUGAAGUAGAAUUGAAUGCAUAAUUUUCCUCAAAUAAGCACUCCUCUUCGAAUGAUCUGGUAGGCACAUUAAAGAAUGUCCACUAUUCUGUGGUCUCAAAGCUAACUGAUACUUAUAUUAGGGAAUAUGAUGACAAACUAGAUUUACUUUAGUCAGUAAUAUCUAUGGGUCUUACUAAUGAGCUACAUCUUGUGUAAAAUUUAUGCGUAGUUCUCAACAAAAUUUUCAAUGCAGAUUUGAUCAGAAUAUUAGAUGAACAUCCAAAGGUUAAUAACUUGCUAGAAUUAGUUAUUCUUGUAAUGUAACAUUGGGUAAAAGAAAUGAUCGAUAAGGAUAACUUUGUACUUAAUAAUACUCUCGUCAUUAUAGAAAUGCUUUGCAAAUCAUAUGGAUUCUGUAGUAGAUUCAAGAACAGAGAUUGCAUGGAAAAAUUGCUUACAAUAAGCAAAUAACCCUACAUUAACAGUAGCACAAAGCAGCAAAUAUUUAGAAUUGUUCAUGCGUUAAAUAGUAGCACAUCAUUGCAUGCACUUAACCAUUAUGAACUGAGUAGAUUCGACAAUAUGAGAGGUUCAGUAGCAGAUCCUUUGGAGAGAAGAAUAGCUUCAUCGUUAUUGAAGGGGGAAUAUAAAGAUUCACUUAUGCAUAAGAGUUCAUCUUCUACUGGACUAUAUUCAUCAAAGUCGUUGGCUAACAUGCAUAUGCAUGAUUAUGAUUAAAGAACUAAAAAUUUCUUUACUCCUGUUGUGAAAAAGGAGCUUGUAUUUUCAGAUGAAGAGAGAAUUCUACAGAAAACUUUAUUCCCAGAAAAAACAUAGAUGAUAUAUUCUUCAAUCCUAUCAGGAGGACAGUCAAUUUCUCAAAGUAAAUAAUAUUCAUUAAUUUAUAUUAGACCUCCAAGUCCUAAAGGAGCUUUAUCUAAAUUUCUAAGAUCAACUGUUGAAGAUGUAAUUCAAAGAUAAAAAGAAGAAUAAAUAAAAGAUCAUUAUAAUAUACAUCCUUACAAAGUUACUUAUUUGAAGGAUGCAUAUAAAGUAUUAGAUAAGUAUCCACCAAUAAAGCUACCAUAUUCCACAAAUCUUCUUAAUGAUUACUGCUAAAUGCUACAUCCUGAGAUUAACAAUAGAGACGUUAUUAUUUUUGCAAUGCAUUAAAUUGAUAGAAUCAUAGAGCAUUGUGUUUAAGAUAUUAUGACUUCAACAGAGAGAUUCCUUGCUGUAUUAAAGCUUUUUGAGUUUUAUAACUUUCCAGAGAAUGCUCGAGACUCUCAAAUAAAGAUAUUAGACUAUACCAUUAAGUACUUGACUGAGGAGAGAGCUGUUGAUGCUUUUAGAAAUGAGACAAUCAUGAGAAUAGUUAAGUGCUAUAAAGUACAUCAUCCAUCUCUAAGGAAUAUUUUGCAGAGAUUUGUCGAGAGAGUUAUAGAUUUGGCUUUUGUAGUUAUAGAUCUCCCAAAGCUGAUAAAUUUAGCUAUUUGCGAUAUUACCUCGUUUUAAGAAGUAGCAAUGAAAGCAAUAAUGGUUAAAAGCGAUAUUUUCAAUUAAUAAGGUUCAUAGUCAGCCAAAGAGACUAUGGAUAUUGAAAUGCAUAUUCAUAUUCCAUUCCUAGUUGACUGUGCUAAGUCUUUUAGACAUUCUGUACAAUUUAAAAACUAUUCACUGUAAACUAUUGCUAAUUGCGCUUAGAGAGAAUAUCUCAAAGGUCAUAUACUUCAUCAUGGAGGUGUUGAAGCUUUUAUUGAUGGACUUAAGGAUUUACACAAUGUAAUGGGUAAUAGGAUAUGUGCUAAAGCAUUAGUAGCAAUGACUGAAAACGAUAGUAGCUUAAAAGGAAGAGUAGUUUCUGCGAUAACUCCAGAGUAUAAAAUGGCUGCUCUUAAUGAGCAUGACUCAGUUGUUAACUCAUAUCUUAGAUUAUUAUUAAACCAAUGA